AUGCGUUGGCCCAAAGGAGCCACGUAUGGAACGAUCAUUAUUGGUGGAAACGGUGCAGGAAGAGAAGCAAAUCAAUUGAGUUGGCCCAUUGGUAUGUCAUUUGAUCGAUAUAAUAAUCUCUAUGUCAGAUCAAUUCGACUGAUUGAAAAUACUAUCCAUGCUCCGACAACGAAAAUUUCAAAAUGUUUAAAUCAUAUUAUACGACCCAUAUUCAAUGACAAAUGUGAUACAACAACCAUUAUUGAUGGUGCUUUUUUAAUUAAAGGACUUAACAAAUCUAUCAGAAAACGUCUUUUUAAACCGUCGACUCUUUUCUGUACAUGUGGUAUUGGUAAUUUAUAUACAAUGUCACCGCAAGAGGAAUCACUUGAUAUUCUUGUUGGAUUUCUUAGUGCAUAUAAAUAUAUGAAAGUAAAAGGAAUUGAUCUUGAUACAAUAGGAGAAUUAGCUUCCAUUGUACGCCAAGAAAAUAUUUUUGUCUAUGGUAAAAGAAUGUAUAAACAAAUUAUUAGUGGUGCUAUGGGUUCAUCAUUUACAUUAACAUUAGCCAAUACUUUUAUGUGGAAAUGGCAAAAAGAAUUCAUUCGUCCCGAUACGAUAAUGGUAUUCUAUCAACACUAG